CUUUCACUUGAGCUUCAACAUGGGAAAGGGAAAUGAAGACCCCGAUCUCCACUGCUCCUCCAUCCAGUGCUCCACUGACCAGCCCCCUUUCCAACAGAUCUCCUUUUCAGAAAAGGGCUCAGAUGAGAAGAAACCAUUCAAAGAAAAAGGCAAGACCGCCUUCUCCCAUUCCAGUGAGAAGCACACACAAAGGCAAGCAGGAUCGGAGCCCAAUCCAAACAAGGAGAAUUCUAAGGAAACCAAGCUCAAGGCCGGGAACAGCACUGCUGGAUCAGAACCAGAGUCCAGCUCAUAUCGGGAAAACUGCAGGAAAAGAAAAAUCAGUUCCAAGGACAGCUGCCAAGACACAGCAGGGAACUGUCCAGAAAAGGAGUGCAGCUUGUCGUUGAAUAAAAAAUCAAGAUCCUCCACUGCUGUGCACAACAGUGAAAUCCAGGAGACCUGUGAUGCCCACCAUAGGGGACGUUCCAGAGCUUGCACUGGGCGCAGCAAGCAACAUAGGUCUCGGGCCCUGGGAGUCCAAACACCGUCAAUUCGAAAAAGCUUGGUGACCUCUGUGCGAGCUAUGUCAGAGGCUGUUUAUCAAGACCUAACCCAGGUGUGGGCACAGCAGAUCCAUUCUCCACUGACCUGUGAGCAGCUGACACUGCUCACUCGGCUCCGGGGGCCUCUGUGUGCCCAGGUGCAGACCUUGUAUUCCAUGGCCACCCAGGCAGCUUAUGUCUUCCCUGCUGAGAGCUGGCUUGUCCCAGCCACAUUGCCUGGUCCUAGGGAUUCAGCCCUGGAUAGAGAAGCCCAUCCUUUCCCUGGGCAGGAGAUAACUGAGACUGUCAGUGGAUCAGAUGAGGCUAAGCUGUGAGCACCCCGACCCUAUUCAGCAGAGAUGCAGCUCUGGGAAUGAGAACAAGGAUCUGCGUCUUCUCAGAUUCUUCCAGAUGACCAGCAGUGACAA